CAGGGUGCAUCUGGGAAAAAAAAAUAUGGCAUAACAAUAGCAGCAUCCAGUAUCGGUGUACAUGAAUCCAGGGAGCCUAAUAGGAAAUGAAUAUGGCCAUGGCGCUUCAUAAAACAUGACCUACACAUGACACAUGGAAUGGUCAAGAUAUUUUGUUUAUUUCCUGGAUUACAAAGAAGACUGUAGAAUAAAAUGGAGUGGUAGGGGGACCGAGGCGCGCUGUCUCCAUCAUAGGGAGGCGCGUCCACCUGCUGAUACAGGGAGUCCGGGCUUGGGAAAAACAUGGUGAGGUUGCUGCAUUGAGGAGAAGAUACAGUUUCCAUCUGUCAAAUAAACAACUGUGUAAUUGAAAUGCUGGCGACGGGAAAAGCGCAGCCGGUGUGAAUAUAGAGGUUGGAUAGUGGUAAUAAUGUAAGGGACAAGAACCACGCUAAAUUGAUGGAUGUUUUUCAAGAACCCAACUUUGCUGUGCUGGCUUCAAACCUGGAACAGAUCAACAAAGUGGACCAGAAUGAAUCACACAACCAGGACAGUUCUUUGAAGCUAGACAGUCCCGGCACCCCUCCUAAAGCCAAUCUACCAAAAGGAGGCCCUGAGAGUGAGAGGACCUCACUUAGCCCAUCCUCACCUCUCAGCCCAACAGAGACCCCUGAGCCCAGCACCACUACUGCUGAUGAUUCCUCCUCCACUCACACCAUCUCCCUCACCUCCUCUUGCUCCACCAAGUUGGUGAGUCACUGGGCUCUUCCAGAGGACUGUAGUGACAAGGCUGCCUUCACCAUGAUGGAGACAGGGAGUGUCUCGGCCCUGUCUGGGGGGGACUGCCUUAUGCCACAGAGCCGCACCUGCCUGGGAUGCUUCAUCGAGAGCAAGGAUGCUACAGAGCCUGAGCCAGGGCUGGGCCUGGGCCGGGACUACAACCCCUGUCCUGUCUCCUGUCCUGACAUGGCCAUGCAGUGCAUGAGUUCUGGUAUCCGCUACGGGGAUCAGCUACUCUCAGACCAGCUCCUCAGCUACCCAGAGCACAAGGUUAGAGCAGUGGAGAAGACAGAUGAGGAGAAGUCAGCGGAGGACAGUGACUCGGAGGAUGCCACGUCAAAGAGUAUCUACGAAGGCCUGCUCCUGGACAAGUGCAACGGUGAGGAGGCUCUGCUGGCUAACUCCAGCCAGGACUGGGGCUGCUUUGAGUCCUUUAUCAGCGAGAGUAAGAUCGAGCUGCUGGACCUCUGCUCUAAGAACGAGCUCUCUGUAAACCUCUUCUCAGAAGAGGACGUAGACAACUAUAUGUUUGAUGAUGAGGACUCCACCCUGGGCAGCGACGUGUGCUCGCUGAAGAUCCGCUACGAGUCCUUCCAGGACAACGUCCGAGAGAAGACCAACACCAUUCAGGAGGAAACCCAGUUCAACUUCUUCCCAAGUGUCGUCGCCAAAAAGGAGGGAGAGGGAGCAGUGAAGAAGGAAGCUGAAGUGCCGCAGGUGAAUGGAGAGAAGGUCGAAGUCUGGGUGGCUGGAGAAAAGGUUGACAAAAACAACAGCAGCAGCUCUGCUGAAGUGAUGCCGAGUGUCAGUCCAGAGAGCAGCUACCUGUUUGACUUCAACAACUCCACAGAGGACUCUGGAGAGUACAGCGAUGACAGCUCCUGUACUGGAUCCUCCCUUGACACCUGCCAGACCAAACGGAAAUACUGCUUCCUCUCCAGGGAGAACUCCAGCUCCUCCAGCCAGCUGAGCUAUGGGCUGAGGUCCAAGAGGAAAGUCAGAUACAGCGACGACUAUCUGUACGACGUGGAUUCUAUCGAGAGCGAGAAGAACACGGAGAAAAAAGAGAAGCAGCCGAUGGGUCCAAAAAAAGAGGAGGAUGACGACUGGUGUCCAAAGAAGAGGAGAAAAUCCUCACGAAAAGAGCCUCCGGUGAUAAUCAAAUACAUCAUCAUAAACCGAUUUAAAGGGGAGAAGCACAUGUUAGUGAAGCUGGGAAAAAUUGACACAUCAGAGACAACAGUAAGCUUAAGUAAGGACUUAGUUCAUAAGUACCAGAGAAUGGCCCCUCUGAAAGACUACUGGCAAAAGAGGCGCCAGGAAAUGCAGGAGCAGCGCAGGCUGGCUGCUGGUGAUAAAAACACAUUUCCGAAUGGCUGCAGGCGUUCCCUUAAUUCUAGCCUGACAAAACGAAAAUACAGGAUUGCAAAUAGAGUCCGGAUUCAAAGAAUUCACACUGUAGAGCUCUCGCCAAACCACGCCGAUCACAAGCAAGAGGUGCGAGCAGCUGAGGAUCAGGCUGCCUGUACAGAUAUGGCAUCAAUAACAACAACAACCUCUGACUGUGCUGCUAGAUUAGACCAAGGCAGUGUAACAGGAAAAAGCAGAUCGCUAGAGAGGGAGGGGAAAAGACUUGGAAAUAAGAUUUUGAAAAUAAGGAAAUUUAAAAGCGAGGCCAGACUGAAGUCGAAAAAAAUGACAGAGGCUCAGCAGGAGGAUGGUAAAACUGUGGUACACCUACAAGAGGUUGGCCCACUAUCCCCAAGUCAGCACCCUGACAUAGUUUACUCUAAAGCAGGCAGCCCUCAGCUUUGUGAUGACUCCACUGUCAGUGUCGACCCCACUGAAAAGUCUACUUUUACACCAGCCCCCUGCUCCUCUUCCAGCACAAUGACCCAUCCUGUAAAUGUGAAUAGUGGUCUGCCUGUCAUCCCCGGAGGCUACCUACAGACAUUACUAGAUGCCUCUGACUCAUCCAGUAACACUGGACUGUCAUAUUACUCCCAGCAGCAGCAGCAGAAUCCCCGACAACAGUUUCCCCAUGGGCUCUACCAAGAAGAGAAUCCAUUCACUAACCUACAGCUGGCCCAGAGCUGUGUUCUAUCUCCUCCCUCAGAGUCAGAGCUCCAACAAUCCCCCUCUAACUCCAAUCAGAUGGAGCCAAACUUCACUCACAUAUCAUGGCAGUCUGGAGGUGAACAGCUACCAUUUACAUCUGACAUUCCACCUGAAUCUGCUGGCUUUUCCAACACCAUGCCUUUGCCAAUGACAAACAACUUGCCCUUGUCAGGAUAUAGUCAAGUCAAUGUAGAUGGCAACAGACUGCUGAAUGAUAAGGCACAUUUACCUGAAGAGCCACCAGGACCAGACUCAACCCUACAGGCCAGCCGGUCAGCUGAAGAGGAACAGGUGCAGUUCCAUAGAGUCACUCUAAACACAGAGAACAGCAGGCUGGCCAGCUAUGACUCUAUGGGUUCACUGUCUGCCUCCUCUAGCAACUACAGCACUAUGAGUCACAAGUCCUGUGAGAAGGAGAGUGAAGAGGAUGUGAACGAGAACUUCUUGGCCCACUGUAGUCCCAAACUGGUGAUCCAGCAAAGUACUGAUGAAAUCACUCCCCUUAGGGAGUCCACAGACCUACUGGACAUCUCCAACUUCACCCCCGAUAAGUUCAGGCACUCGUCGUUGUCAGAGAUGUCGCCACCCGACACACCAAAUCUCUCCCCACAGGUGAUGGGUCCAGAAAUGAGGGAAAGCCUAGGAAAAGCCAGGGAGUUUCAAGGAGAGACAGGAGACAUGACUCUCUCAACUACACCUGAUGGGACUAAGUGGGACUGUAAUGUCCUGCCACAACAAAACCAUGAUGGCAGAGCGAUAAACAAUCAUCAGUUCCAGUUCCAUACUUUCAAUGACAAUGAUGGCACAGGGUUAGGUGAUAAGAUUGACGGCACGGACGUCUUUGAUGAGCAGGCUGAAUCUAUUGGAGGCCGAACUAAAGGUCCCAAGUCAAAAAGGAAAACAACCAGUAAACAGAAAACCAAGACUCCAAGGGCCCCCAAGACAGAGAAGAACAAAGCCCCUAGACAGAAUUCUCGUUCAUCCAAAAAGCUAAAAGCCCUGCUUGAUGCAAAGGCAAAGGCGAAAGGUGAAGAAAGUGAAGGUCUUGCUGGACUGUCAGAAGACUGGCCUUUACUGGGGGAGCACGGUGGGGGCUGGGUAGACGGCGGAAACAACAACAACAGUGCUGUGGAUGACGACCAGCGAGAGUUUGAGGAGCCCUCCAACAUCCUGUCCAACAUAGUCUCUGGGAUGGCAGAGGUCGAGAGGUUUAUGAAGGUGUCCAUCGAGCCACUGUGGGACCCCAUGUCUGGACUCUGUCAGCCUCCAGAGGCCAACAGCCUUAAAACUAAGACACUUAAAAUCCUGGCGGGCACAACAGCUGACGUCAGGAAAAAGGGUGGUUAUGCCACCUCCCCUGGGGCAGGAAGGGGCAGGAAGGCAACUGGCAGGGGAGCCAAAAACCAAUCCAAGUUCAUUCCUUCAAACCCCUUCUUCCCCCCUCUCACUCUAGACUGCAACAUGUUCAACAAGUCCAGCCUCGGUAUACCUGGCAUCUGUGGGCCCGCACACAAAAAAAUGUACCGUCACAAAACCAGUGCAAAAUUUGCUGGAGACGAAAACAAUACAGGGAAGCGGGACUCGAGCAAGAACGUAGCUCUGAUGGCCUCUUAUGAGAAACUGAGCGGAACAGAUUGCCCCUCCUUAACAUUGUCAAAAUUCAGUUUGUGGCUCUCCACAAAUGUUUAAAAUAACAGUUCAAAAGUUGUCCGUCCUUACAUUUAGUCAAUGGUUGCCUUCAGUGUACAAAGCGAGAGUGGAGUAGAGUUAGUCAUGAGGGAACAAUAGAAGUGUCCUAUCAUUACUGAUACCACCCAGCCAUUCCAUUUGUGGAUGUUUUACUGGUGUAGGAGAACUGUAUCGCUGUUCUGCUGGGAACCAGACUUUUCAGAAUAAAAAAGGGACAUUUUUGUAUUAACGAUAAGACGACUUUCUCAUACUGUCCUAAUUUUCUUAAUAUCUUGAAAUGGCAUUAUUUGUCAUUGGCUUUUUGCCAUGGUUUGGGGAGAGGAGGUGGGAGGGUAAGUGGAGUAAGUACCCAGAAUUGCAAUUUGUUAAUGCUAUUGUACAGAGACAUAUGCACUAUUUGCAGAAUAUGACGAUAAUUAUAAUUGUUAAAAAUGGAAUUAUGUGCCAAACGUUGAACAAGUAUCUGUAUAAACAUUUUCUAUCUAUAUGUAUAUUGGCUGUUUCAUGUUCUUUUUGUUAGGGUUGGGGGGUGGGGGUUCUGGACUUCGGUGGCCCGGUCGACAUUCUAGAGAACUUACACUUCAUUCCGUUUGCCAAGCACCUGCAGCUGACAGUGAUACACCUUUUACCAAAAUGCAAAUGACUGUCUUUUCAUUCAUACAUUCCUUUGAAAUGAUUGCCAUCUGAACUCAAAAUCAACAGCCAGCAUGGCGAUACAGAGAAGGGGAUUAAAUAGGUCCUGUGGAGAGCUGCCAUAAGCUGUUUCAGCAACUAAAAAGUAGCACUGUGUCAAUAAGAAAUCUUUAUGCUCUAACAGGUUAGUUCAAUCUUGAGGUCUGAAUUUGUACUCUACUCAAGGUUAGUAUACUGCUUCAUGUAAUCUCAUGGAUUCACCUACCACUGCACAAACAUGGAGCUCUGUAUUAGAUUUCUACAAUUUAUUUCAAUUUACAUGAAUUGAUACUAUCCAUCAGAGAUUGAAUAUUUAUUGUGAAGACCUUUUGUCUCUCGAAACCCCCCUUCCCCUCCAUCUUCUCCAAGUUGCCAGGCUAGCCAUUGAGACUGGGGAUCAGGACAGGUGUCACCACCAGGUGGUGUGGAGUAGACUGCCUUAUAUCAUCCCUGCCCAUUGUUAAUUGAAUGUAUUUGACUUCCUCUCCAACACGAGUUUUAUAUGAUGUACCACUGUUGAGCUGCCUGUAAAAGGUGCUUGAAAGCAAAUGAACUUACAGGUAACUGAAAAAAGGAUGAAGAAAUCCUCUGUGCCCUAUUUAUGAAUGUAUAAGAUACUGUUAUGUUUGAUGUAAUUCUGCCAUGAUUUUGACAUUAAUUAGAAUUGUGUUUUGCCAUUUUUGUUGAAAAGAAUAUUGAGCUUUAUAAAUAUUGUCAGAGUUGUUGCCAGAGGGACUCCACAAGAACUCCUGACAUCCUCCAUGAAUCUUGUAUAUUUUUCAGUGUGCCAAUUUGUAAAAUAUUUUCUAAGUGUAUAUUUUUCUUAGAAAGUGCUGUGAAGUAUUUGUAAAUGUGGAUACCCUUUUUUCGCCUUUAUAGGCAGUGAAAGGGAUGUAUAAUGACAUGCCUUUGGUUUUAAAAACCAAAAUAACAAACAUGACAAAAAAAAAUAUAAAAGGAGAGAGGGAAAACACUGGGAAAAAAGGCUGUAACAUUUUGUCUGAAGUUUUGUAAUCAGACCAAUCUUGUUGUGGGAGUGUAGUGCUACUGUGUAAAAAGUAUGAUAAAAGAAAAAGAAAAACUGAAAUAAAGACAUAUUUGUGAUUUUAUUGCUGUUUUAUAAAUCAUUCUAGUAUCAUUUCGUUUUGUUGUAACUGUUGCAAAGGUUUAAAUAUUUGUGAACAAGCCUGUAUGGUGACAAUGUAAUAUUGGUAACUUGCUGAGUUUUGUAAUAAUGUUUAUGGAAUAAAUAUAAAAUAAAAAUGAGGUUUUGAUUCCUGCUUUCA